AGGAGAUUGUAAGCCUCUUUGAGUCUCCAUACAGGAGAGUAAGGGAGAAUAUAAAUCCAAACUCCUCCUCCUCUUCUACAGCCAGGAGCAAAAGAUGUUGGGAGUCAGGGCAAGCAUCUCACUCUUUUAACCAGACAAGAAAACAUUUGCUUGAAGUGACCAGGUUUAAACAGCAUUCUUUCCAGUCCCCCACCCCAAAAAUGAUUUCUUACCAAGCUGUGACACUAGGCCUGGAUAAGUAUGGGAAUAAUCACAGCAGCCACAUAGACAAGGAAGGUCUAAUUUUACGGUCAAUGACUCAUUUCUAUUUCCAUCCCAGGCUGGCUCACACAGUCUCCAGGCCUCUGUGAGCCAAGAAACCUGAGGAGGGCUUAAGGGAGAGACGGGCAGUAAACAUGGACGGCGUAGAGGAGACUGAGGAGCCAGCUGACCAAACUGAGCCAGAAAAUGACACUGUCCUGGAAGUUGAGGCUGAGCUCUUUCCUGUCAACAGGUGGGCCCUGGCCCGCCACAGCCGGUACUUUGAGGCCAUGUUCUACGGGGGCACCCGAGAACGCACCGAGAGGCACAUCUUGAUCCGGGGGGUCGAGACAGAGCCGUUCCGAGCCCUUCUCAACUUUGCCCAGACGGGCGUCAUCGGUAUCGACUGCCACAACGUGGCCAGCCUGGUGGAGACAGCCGACUUCCUCCAGUUCGAGAGCGUGAAGAGGCGCUGCGAGAAGUUUCUGGAAAGGGAAUUGCAUGUCUCCAACUGCCUCAGCUUGAUGGCCUACGCCGAGCAAUUCGCUUGCGCCGACCUCCAGACGGCAGCUCUCUACGUCACGCUCAGCCACUGGUCCGACGUGGCUGCUCACGAGGAGUUUGAAGACCUCCCCAAGGCCUCGCUGGCGGCGCUGCUGCAGAGCGACGACCUCUUUGUGGCCCGAGAGGAUAUGGUCUUUGACACAGUGAUGCGAUGGGUGAUGGCGGAGCCAGCGGGCAGGGAACGGGACUUCCUGGAGCUCGCAGGCCUGGUCAGAGUCCCUUUCCUAAGCCUCUCCUUCUUGGACCUCCUGGUGAAGCGCAGCAAGCGGGCUGGGCAGGACUUGUCUGCCAAGUUGGUCAAGAAGCUGGACAGAUGCCCGCCCUCCAGCUGGAAGGAUGUGGCCCAGUUGCCCUGCGCCAGCCGGAGCUAUGAGGCCCUCUACGUCCUGGCUGGGAAACAUGACAAAGAGCAGCAGGAGCUUUUCCAGUUUCAUCCCAAGAGUGGCACGUGGCAGGCCUGUGCUCCACUCCAGCGCAAGAACCUGACCCAAUACGCCCUGGCCGCAGUAGGGAAUUUCCUCUUUGUAACAGGUGGGUACUUCCGAGAGGAAUUUUUUUGGUACAACGUGGACUGGGUGCUGAUCUACAACAGCUGGGACAACAGCUGGCUAGAGGGACCUGCCAUGAAAAAGGCCCGAAACAGCCACUGCGCUGUGGGUGUCGGCUUCCACCUUUACGUCAUGGGCGGGAGCACCGAAGAAGGCAUCACCCCAGAUGUCGAGCGCUUGGCCCCAACCGAGUCCACCUGGGAGAGCAUGAGCCAGCUGAUAUACCCCGUGGAGCGCGCGGGGGCCGUCAGCAUGGGGACCCACAUUUACGUGAUCUGCGGCUUGGAUGAGAAUGGAGACGUGUGCAGCGCCGUGCAGAGGCUGGACGUGGAGACAGACAUUUGGGAUGUCAUCUCUUUCUCUCCGCUUCCUAGGUAUGACCUGUGCGUCACGGCCUUAAACGGAGCUAUCUACACCAUUGGAGGGGGCGCUUUUCGCUUUGAUAUGGACACCGGAGAAUGGACUCUAGUGGAUGAAGAAUGCUUGACCCAGAAAUUCUUUCAAGGAUGCAGUACAGUGAAUGGACGGAUUUACCUCCUAGGACAAAGGCAAGGGAACUCCGCCAUACCAAACAUGGUUCUCUUGGACCCAUAUCUGGACAUUUGUCAGGAAGUGGACAAUAACCUCCCUUGCCCUCUCCUAUUCGCAGGCGAUCCUCCCAUCUGGAAUUUGUACACUUGGGGAUAAAAGCACAACUGCCCACCCGUGCAGGUGCCAAACAGGUAAAGUGAGGAAAAGGGGCAAUGUUUCAUCUCUGUCAGCAACACAGAACAGCAGUGUUGAACACCCUUCUCACACACUAGCCUACAUCUGACACAAAAUACAAGCACAGAAAACACUUACCUUGGCCCAACAUAAUUUCAGCCCUCUCGCCCACUCCAGCAGUCCUUCAGAUCCUUUUGCAAAACUGGCUCCAACUGAGAGUCGACUUGCAAACUGCUGCAGAGUAGCUAUUGAAAUGGUGACAUGGCACUGCUUCCCGGUGGUUUUAUCAGGAAUAUUGUUAAGCUGGUAUUCUGAACAAAGCCUCAGAUUUGUUCACUGCAUAAGGGUCUGGGAGUUGCAGAUAGCCCCCCCUCCCCCCAAAAGAGAAAAAGAUGAAGUAGAUAUAAAGACAGGAACACACGCUGGACUUUUGGGAAGCAAAUGGGAGAAAAAGCAAAUUCUAUUUGUCGUUCGCACAGUGGCUUCUGCAAUUACAGAAGAAUGCAGCACAGUUCAGAAAACACUCUGCAGCCUUUUUCACAGGAAAUUCACAUCAGGCUGUCCUUCAAACAAGCAAAGAACAAAACAGUUCCAUAAUACCAAGCUAGGGCUUAAAUGCAGGCGGAUUCUUUUCCCUCCAAACACACUCAAGCCGGAGGAGGAGGGGGGGGGGAGGAGAAAGACUAUUAUCACCCUGUCUAGAAUGAAUCUGGAGCAACCAUUUCAUCCCUGCUCAACACAACCCCAUCCUGUAAGAGUGGAGUUCCUGUCACUCCCCCAACUUCAUUGGCAAAAUUUUACACAGGUGCCAAACUUUCAGUCUUGUGAUCUCCCCCAAACUCAAGUCAAAGAAAGCAAACAUUCACCAGGACCAUAGGCUAAAAGAUCUCUCCCGGAUCCUGUUAUGCUCCUAGGGUUUUUGAAUGCACCAAACCAAACGUGGAUGGGAACGGAGAGCAGUUGUGCCGGGAGCGGAUGUGAAGCCUCCUACAUUGGCUUGCCGUGACGUUUCCUCUCUAUUUCAACACGGACGUCACCCUGCAGAAGAAAAAUCACUACUUUGGAUGGUGGCAGGUGGAGAUGAAAGUCUGUACCUCUUAACUAGAAGUAGAAGAAGAGUUUGGAUUUAUACCCCACCUUUCUCUCCUGUAACGAAACUCAAGGUGGCUUACAAUCUCCUUUCU